UCCGCGCCGGAGCGUCCUACGCUGGGGAGGUCGGGGACGUAGCUGGGCCGGGCCACCCGCUCACUGGCGAGGGCGACAGCGGGGGGAGCGGGUUCCGCGGCCGGGAGGAGUGGGCUCGGGCCAGCGGGCGGAGCCCCUGUCCCUGGCGCGCGGGCGGGCAGGGGGCGCGGCGGGCGCGUUGCCAGCUCCUCCGGAGCAGACUCGGGCGCCUCGACAAGCAGUGGAGCCACCGGUGGCGUGCAGGCGACUCGUCCUGGCGGUGCUCCUGAAUUAGAAGAGCUGCUUUGAAGUCAGCUUCAGCAGACCCUUUGAUGCCGAGCCUUCCUAUACGGAUUUGCUCCACAUCUUGUUUAGAAAAUGGGCCCUCCAGCACACCUCGUCACCAUCAGAAGGAGCGGGGUCGACGGCCACCACUUUCCUCUGAGCCUUAGCACCUGCUUGUUUGGAAGGGGUAUCGAAUGUGACAUCCGUAUCCAACUUCCUGUAGUGUCAAAACAGCAUUGUAAAAUUGAAAUCCAUGGACUGGAGGCAAUAUUGUUUAACUUAAGCUCCACAAAUCCAACACAAGUAAAUGGAUCUGCUAUUGAUAAACCUGUACAACUAAAACAUGGAGAUGUGAUCACCAUUGUCGAUCGGUCUUUCAGGUAUGAAAAUGAAAGUCAUCAGAAUGGAAGCAAGUCAAGUGAAUUUUCAGGACAAAGACACAAACAGGAACCAAGGCAUGAGGACUCAAGAUCCAGCUUCUCUUCUGACGCUGAGGGGAAAGUUCAAGAUUCCAAUGCCCAUUCAAAACUCACUGAAGCGAACAUCUCAGGAAGGCCUCUGGUCCAUGCCAAGAAUGUCAGAGCAGCCGGGACUGACUCAGGUGGCCCAGAAGAUCUUGCUGCAGGGAAAACACUUAAUGCUGUUCAUUCAUCCAAACUUCCUGGAGGUAAUCACAGACAUAGAAUGGACCCCAUUGCUGGGGAUUUUGAAGAAGAUUCCAGUGUAGCAUUAGUGAACUGUGAUGGAGCACUGAAGUCUUUUCCCUGUACACAGUGUCUUGAGAAUAGUGAAAAAAAUAAAUCUCCCUUUAGGAAGCUUUAUGAGUCAUUGAAGGAAGAGUUGGAUGUGAAAUUAGAAAAAGAGAAUGUUCAACAGAAUCGUAGGAGGUCAGGAUCAAAGAGUCGUCACACAGCCGAGCAAGAAAAUGCUGGUGGUUUACAGGGUGAGACACAGCUACCGGUCUCACUUAAAUCCAGACGGAGAUCUAGUCGAAGCAUCCAAGUUAAGGCAGACCCUGCUUCGGGAGAAGGAAGUAGCUGGGCUGAGGGAGACAGCAGAGAGGAGAAGCCUUCUCAGAGGCCCAGGUUGAUUGGGAGCCCUGGCACUUCCCUCGCCAAGACGCCGAAACCUAACAGCCCAGUUCAGCUUUCACAGCAGAAUUCCUCACGAAAACGUCGGCGGGAAGACCUCAGUGCCGUCAGCAGAAGGGCCUCUGUGAGUCCCGACCAAAGCGGAGGCUCCAGGGCAGAUAAUAAAAUAUUUACUCCUACAAAAUUCUUAACUAGAAACCAAACACCCACUAAAACUGAAAAGACUGAUAAUUUUGGAAAUACACCAGAAAAACUCUUUUCCGAAAGGAAGCAGAGUAUUUCUACCAAUGUUGGCAUUCUUACUACAGAAAUGGACAUUCAGAGUCAAACGAUUUUAGCUCCACUGGUCGUUCAGGUUGAAAAGAAGAUUGAAGAUGAUGAUUCUGCCGCUCAGCCUGAGAGGCCGGGGCCCCCAGCUGGACGGCUGUGCGCUGCAUCACCCGGCCUUAGUUCUGCUGAUGUCGGCAACUUUGGUGAUGCCAGUAGUAAGAUUGAGGGGAUGGCCCUGAAGAGAAGGCGGGUCUCCUUCGGCGGUCAUCUGAGGCCUGAACUAUUUGAUGAAAACUUACCUCCGAAUACACCUCUCAAAAGAGGAGAAACACCAAAGAAAAGAAAGUCUCUGGUAACCCUCACCCCACCGGUCCUGAAGAAAAUCAUCAAGGAACAGCCUCAACCCUCAGGAAAAGAGGGUUCCUCAGAAAGCCCUGUGGAAGUGACCGCACAGAAGGCAUUUAUGAGCUCUCCAGCUGGGAACCCUAUGGAAACGCCAGCUGCCAACGGCCAGCGCCGUAGGUCCUGCAUGGCACCUUCUAUCUCCACCAGCAAGUCCCCUCAUCCCACAGAGGCACCUAAGAGGGGAGGGAGGAGGAGCAGCAACUUGCCUUCAAAGAGAACGUCCAUCGAUCGAAGCCAACGCAACAUCUUACAGAUGGUUUAUUCCAGGAGAAGGAGCGGCGCUUCUGAAGCUAAUUUGAUUGUGGCCAAAUCGUGGGCAGAUGUGGUAAAACUUGGUGCCAAACAAUCACAGCCUAAAGUUGGGAAGCAGGGCCCCCAGAGACAGCUGAACAAAAGGCAAAGACGAGUCAGUGCUCCAAAGAGGCCUACUGGCAGCAUUCACAAUCAAUUUAGUACAGGUCAUGCGAACUCUCCUUGCACCAUAGUGAUAGGGAAAGCUCACAUUGAAAAAGUACACAUGCCUGCUAGGCCCUACAGAAUGCUGAACAACUUUGUGUUCAACAAAAAGAUGGACUUCAAUGAGGAUCUUUCAGGGCUAACCGACAUGUUUAAGACGCCAGCGAAAGAGGAACCGCAAACUAGUGUGUGUCCCACCACGUCUUCAGAUUCAGAGAAUUCGCUUGGAAAGGCGUUUCAAGUCCCUGAAUUGGGAGAAAAACCUCUACUGUGCACUUCAGAAAAUUUGGGAGAGAAUAUGUUCCGCAGAACUCAGAACGCACCAAAGGAGCCAUCUGAUGCAAGUUCUGCAAGCCCUCCCUUGAGACGACCGAGCAUUAGAGUCCACGCAGAUAGUGUGAGGACCCCCAGGAAUGUCUGUAAAACACCAGGCGUCGAGAUGAGAACCCCAAGACUGGAGGCAGCCUCUCCAAAGAUGGCAUCAAGUGCAAACAAGUUCAGAAGGUCUGCGCAGCUCCCCAAUGCACAGGUGCCAAGGGUGGAGUGUAAGAACAGGAAAGAAGAAACAGAACCUGAUAUGGUGGCGAGGGCCUCAGGAAGAUGUGUGAGGAAAACUCCUCUGCAAGAACAGAAGCCAGAGGGGGAGAAGAAGGAGAGAGGAAAGCCCUCUGGGACACGUAAGAGGGACAUUGAAUCGACAGAGAACUCUGAAAAGAUGAUGACUGUGAGGAGAUCAAGAUCUUCAGAGCGGAAAUGUGAACCAACAGCAGACCUGACCGCCCUCCAGCAAUUCAGAGACACAAACCCCAAGGAGGACCUGGCGGACGUCCAAAGUCCCCUGCAGACCCCAGGUCUCAGCAAGGAACCAGAGGAUGCCAAGAGCACAACAAAAUUGCACUGUGAAUCUCCCAAACCAGAACCAAUCAGCACACCAGCCAGGACAAACACACCACCCAAGACACCCCUGGGGAGAGUGGGUGCACGGGAAGGGCCCUCGGCCCUCAGGACGCCCACAAAGACACCUGGGGGAGCCACAGCCUCAUACAGAGAACCGGGAGGUGAUGAUAAAGGCAUCACAUUGCUUAAGGGAACCCCAAAGCAGAAACAGGGCCCUACAGGAAAUGUAACUGGGCCCAAGAGGAGGCCGAGAACUCCCAAGGCAAAGGCCCGACUCCUGGAAGACCCGGUUGGCCUCAGCGAGCUCUUCCGAACCCCAGAUCAUGCCAAGGAUCCCGUGACUGACGAGCACACCACUAAUAUACCCUGCCCGUCUCCACAACCAGAGCUGGUCACCACGUGCCCCGGCCUGAGCAGAAGGCUCAGGACACCUCCCUGCAAAGUGGAUGUAGAAGAGCUCUCGGUUCUCAGGAAGCCCACACAGAUACCAGGGGGAACCACGUCCUCUCCCCAAAAACCAGGAGGUGGUGACCGAGCCACUGCAGUGAGUGAGGAAGCUCCAGAACCAAAACUGGAUCCUGCAGAAUAUGUAACUGGACGUAAGAGGCGGCCGAGAACUCCCAAGGCAAAGGCCCAACUCCUGGAAGACCUGGCUGGCCUCAGCGAGCUCUUCCGAACCCCAGAUCACACAGUGGAACCCGUGACUGAUGACCAGACCACCAAAAUGCCCUGCACAUCUCCCCAGCCAGAACCAGCAAUCAUACCAACCAGCAAGAAGGGAUGGCUCAGGACACCUCUGCAGAUAGUGGAUGCACAUGAUGACCUCUCGGCUCUCAGGACACCCACACAAACACCAGGGGAAACCACACACUUACACAGAGAAACAGGAGGCGGUGACAAAGCCAUCAAAGUGCUUAAGGGAGCUCCAAAGCAGAACCUGGGCCCUGCAGAGAAUGUAACUGGAACCAAAAGGCACCCGAGAACUCCCAAGGGAAAGGCCCAAUUCCUAGAAGACCUGGCUGGCCUCAGCGAGCUCUUCCGAACCCCAGAUCACACAGUGGGACCUGUGACUGAUGACCAGACCACCAAAAUGCCCUGCAAAUCUCUGCAAGCAGAGCUGCUCACCACACCGACAAGCAAGAAGAAAGGGCCCCAGACACCCCUGGGGAGAGUGGGUGCGCGGGAAGGGCUCUCGGCCCUCAGGACGCCCACACAGACACCUGGCGGAGCCACAGCCUCACACAGAGAACUGGGAGGUGAUGAUAAAGGCGUCACAUUCCUUAAGGGAACCCCAAAGCAGAAACAGGGCCCUACAAGAAAUGUAACUGGACACAAGAGGAGGCCGAGAACUCCCAAGGCAAAGGCCCAACUCCUGGAAGACCUGGCUGGCCUCAGCGAGCUCUUCCGAACCCCAGAUCACACAGUGGGACCUGUGACUGAUGACCAGACCACCAAAAUGCCCUGCAAAUCUCUGCAAGCAGAGCUGCUCACCACACCGACAAGCAAGAAGAAAGGGCCCCAGACACCCCUGGGGAGAGUGGGUGCGCGGGAAGGGCUCUCGGCCCUCAGGACGCCCACACAGACACCUGGCGGAGCCACAGCCUCACACAGAGAACUGGGAGGUGAUGAUAAAGGCGUCACAUUCCUUAAGGGAACCCCAAAGCAGAAACAGGGCCCUACAAGAAAUGUAACUGGACACAAGAGGAGGCCGAGAACUCCCAAGGCAAAGGCCCAACUCCUGGAAGACCUGGCUGGCCUCAGCGAGCUCUUCCGAACCCCAGAUCACACAGUGGGUCCCAUGACUGAUGACCAGACCACCAAAAUGCCCUGCACAUCUCCCCAGCCAGAACCAGCAAUCAUACCAAGCAGCACGAAGGGAUGGCUCAGGACACCUCUGCAGAAAGUGGAUGGACAUGACGACCUCUCGGCUCUCAGGACACCCACACGGACACCAGGGGAAACCACACACUUACACAAAGAAACAGGAGGUGGUGACGAAGCCGUUAAAGUGCUUAAGGGAGCUCCAAAGCAGAACCUGAACCCUGCAGAGAAUGUAACUGGAACCAAAAGGCACCCAACAACUCCCAAGGGAAAGGCCCAAUUCCUGGAAGACCCAGUUGGCCUCAGCGAGCUCUUCCAAACCCCAGAUCAUGCUAAGGAUCCUGUGACUGAUGAGCACACCACUAAUAUACCCUGCCCAUCUCCACAACCAGAGCUGGUCACCACGUGCCCCGGCCUGAGCAGAAGGCUCAGGACACCUCCCUGCAAAGUGGAUGUAGAAGAGCUCUCGGCUCUCAAGAAGCCCACACAGACACCAGGGGGAACCACGUCCUCCCCCCGAAAACCAGGAGGUGGUGACCGAGCCACUGCAGUGAGUGAGGAAGCUCCAGAACCGAAACUGGACCCUGCAGAAUAUGUAACUGAAAGUAAGAGGCGGCCAAGAACUCGCAAGGGAAAGGCCCGACUCCUGGAAGACCCGGUUGGUCCCAGCGAGCUCUUCCGAACCCCAGAGCAUGCCGAGGGGCCCAUGACCGAUGAGCACACCUCCGCAAUACUCUGCCCAUCCCCGCAAGCAGAGCCAGUCACCACACGAACAAGUAGAAAGCGACGGCUCAGGGCACCUGCGGACCUAGGGGAGGAGCUCUCAGCCCUCAGGAAGCCCACACGCCGACAAGCCCGAGGAGACGGUAAAGACAUCCCACUGUUUCGGGAAACUGCAAGGCAGAAACUGAGCUCUGAAGAAAAUGUAACUAGGACCAAGAGGCGACCAAGAGCGUGUAAGGAAAAGGCCCAGCCCCUGGAAGACCUGGCCGGUUGCAAAGGGCAUUUCCGAACGUCAGAUCACGCCGAGGGACCCACGGCCAAUGACCAGACCACUGACGAGCCCUGCAAACCUCUGCAAGCAGAGCCAAUCCCCAUGCGCACAAGUAAGAGACAGCUCAAGGUACCUCCCCAGAAAGCGGGUGCACGGGCAGAGCUCCCCGCCCUCAGGACGCCCGCACAAACUCCCGCGGGAGCCACGGCCUCACACAGAGAACGGCAAGGUGGUGAUAAAGGCGCCACGUUGCUUAAGGAACCUGCAGAACCAAAACAGGACCGUGCAAGAAACGUAACUGGAACCAAGAGGAGGCCAAGAACAUGUAAGGAAAAGGUCCAAGCCCCAGAAGACCUGCCUGGACGCAAGGAGCGCAUCCAAAGCCCGGAGCGUGCCAAGCGGCCGGGACAUGAGGCAGCAAGCACUGAGCCAUCUCCAAGGCAGACACCAGACAGAAGGAGGCCUGUGAAAAUGUCUGGAAGAGCCCUUAGGGCCCUUAAAGUAAAACCCACGGAAGACCCUGUAAAACCUCACAGUGAAAGCAGCAUCUCCUUGCCUCCCAAGAGGAAACGUGGAGAAGAUGGAAGUGUCACAGGAACGAAGAGGCUGCCCACCCUGACUGCCCCACAGGAAAGCAGGGACGAGAAGCCACUCCAGAAAAGACGGCGGGAGUGUCGUAGACCCCCUGAGGCCCCAGUCAUCAAGAAAAGUUUGAGGAUUUUGGAAAAAAGGAUCAAACCUGUGGAGGACCUGCCCAGCAGCCACAUGAAAAUGAGAAAACCGGGACGAGCAGAGGAGGACGUGACCUCUCCAGAUCAGGUGACGGGGAUGUCCCUGCGCUCCAGACGCCCGAAUAACACCAACGUGGAAGAGCAAAGACCUGAGCUGCUUAUACCAGAAGAAAAGGUCAAAGUAAAGAGGAAUGAGAAGACGUCCAUGAAGACCUCCCAAGAGGUGAAGCUACAGAACCCAGAUGAGGGGGCCAAGAAUCGCAGCUCCGAGGAGACCCAUGGGGGCAGAAGGGGUCUGAGAUCUCAAAGACUCAAGGUGUCCUUGCCUAACGCAGCAGGGGAGGAAAGUGUGGGAAUCCAUGGGGGAAAUCAGAAGGAGAAAGAAGGAAAAGAACCCGCAGGCUUCAGGAGUCUGAGGUUAAGAAAGAGGACAGCUCCUCCUCCGGAGACCGCCGUGGAGAGCUCAUCCGAGGCAUCCGAGCGGAGAGUGACUCGGGGUGCCAAGAGGUGCGCCGAGAAUAUUAAAAAGGAUAACGACAAUGCGGGCAUCAAGAAAAUGAGAGCCAGGAGCUGUCGGAACACUGAAGAUACUUAGCUGAGAAGUGUAAAAGCGAGAAGAGUGAUGCCUGGGAUUCGCCCACAUCCUGCUUCAUAAGAGGAUUCGCCCUAGUCCUGAACUCAGUUCCCCUGGGGGUCCCGUAAAUUUAGUUUAUGUUCUUGUACAAUAUUUGCCAUGAAUAUAAAAGUGAAUUCUGUAAAUAAUGCUACCUGGGUGUUUAGGGGAAGAGAGCUUAGAAUCGUGUGGCUUUGAAUGGUUUAUUCAGAAACCCCACAGCAGGGUCAUGAAGAGGACUACCUGGUCCCAUAAAGUGAUAAAGAUACAAAAUUUGGGAGCAGAGGAGUUGGGCCGAGGUAUGGCCUUCAACUUUGCCAGGUGAAGCCCUGACAUGUGUCUCUGUGGCCCUCGCCACGGUGCCAAAUGCACCUGCCUCUGUCGGUGUCCUUCCUCAGAAGGUGGAAGGCAGGGCUCUCUGUCCUCACGUCCCCAGCACCGGGCUGGCACUCAGGAAACACUGAUGCGUGAUGAGACUGAGAAGCUACAUGCUUCCACUGGGGAGAUGAGGUCCAUGCACUCAGGCUGUUGGUCUUCUGCACAGGACGGUCCUGUCCUUGGUGUCUGUCACUAAGGGAAUUUGUGAUUUGGAGGACUGCUUGUGAAUCCGUCUUCAGGGCACAGCUUCCUGUAGUAAGGACUGACUGGUGGCUUGCUUUUUCCACUUUAGGGAAUAUCUGUCUUAACUAGCACCUCUGUCAUCUGAGAAGGCCUCCACCCAUCACAUCAGGGCUACCAGCCACUGUGUCACUCAAUUCCAAUGGUAGCAUUCUUCCUGACUGUACCUGUUGGACUGAAUUAGUGCCCAGCAUGCCACCGUGUACAGGAAACGCAGACCCUUCUCCAGAGGAAGCCAUUUCUGACAACAACAGCACAAGGCUCCUCCCCCACAACUUCCAGGAGCUGACUUUGGAGCCAAUGCCUCCUGUAUCGUUUUAAGCCCAGAUUUCUUUCUUCAGCCUCAGACCCACAGAUGAGCAUUUUUAUGUUCCAUCUUGUCCUGUUCCUGAAGUCAGAAAGUUGUGCGCCUUCCCUCCAGGCCCAUCUGAGGGCCUCCCACUCACCUGCCUAGACAAGUUAAGCUGAGGAUGGAAGACGAGAAAGGGUAGCUGUCCCCUGAAUGUGCACAGUAGCCAUGCCCCUGUCAGCCCACUCCUGUGUGCCCUGUACUGGCUUGGAGCCAGGUUCACAUAAUAAAUGUUUGUGGAAUGAACACACAAAUCCA